AAAUCACGUACGCCUCACCCUCAUCGCAAUAAUGAUGACAACCACUAUGGAAAGUACCACCAUCACUGUCAUACCACCAUCAUGUACCGUAACGACAAUGACUGCCCCGAAGAUAAAUGCCGUCAUAAUCGUGAUCACGAUCGCGCCCCCGACGAUGAAGAUACCACCAGCAGUACGACGUAGACAACGACGGAAAGGAGAAAGAGAAGCCCACAGAAGAGCUUAUCACCGCCAAACCGACCAACCCAUUCGCACGAAGCCGCAUCAAGACCUACAAAUACAUG